AACCAACUCAGUCGAAUGGCGCGCAGCGAGAGGAUGUGCGGCCUAGCGCUUUGUCACUUUCAGUGUGGUGUUACUCGUGUUCCAUAAUAGUUCGUUGAAAGAUCGGUGCUUAAAGUGUUCCACAAAACCUACUAUUCAAUUUUUAUUUAUAAAAAUGUGCCAAUAGUAAACAACUUUGAGUGCGCUUGACCAAAAUGGGUUCUAAAAUCGAAUACGUGGACUCGUCACAUUUGUACGCUACGAACUACGUCCGUAAUUCGAAAGCGAUUGGUGUGCUUUGGGCCAUAUUCACGAUUUGCUACGCGAUUAUAAGCGUUGUGGCUUUCGUUACUCCGGAAUGGAUCGGGGAUCUGGAGACCGAGUAUCCCAGGAAGUUCGGCCUGUGGCAGGUUUGCCAGGCCGACGAUGCCUUGGAGGAGUGCAAGGGCAAACUGGACGAGUUUAUGUCGAUUAACGGAUUUGUGUUCAAAGUGGCGACGGUGCUAGUGGGUGCUGCCGUCGCGCUGGCCUUGUUUACCAUUUGUGCCAUGUUGUUGUUCUUCUUCUGUCAGUCGACGACAGUGUUCCACAUAUGCGGAUGGUUACAGCUUCUUUCUGCGGCGUGCCUGGUGGCAGGCUCGGCGGUGUACCCGGCCGGCUGGAGCGAGACCGCGGUCCAGGAGACCUGCGGGCCCACGGCCGACCAGUAUAACAUAGGCCGCUGCCACGUCCGCUGGGCAUACCUGCUGGCGGUGAUCGGCUGCCUCGACGGCAUCGUGCUGGCGGCGCUGGCCUUCAUCCUGGCCACCCGCCACGUGCGCCUGCAGCCGGACACCGCCUACCCCUCGCCUUCGCUCUACAAAGGUGAAGUGAACAAUGCCUACGUGACAGACGCGACCUCGGUCUCUGGAUCUCGCAAGUCUCUGGCUCUGCAGCCGGUGCUGCUGAUGCAUCCGCACGCGCCUCUCGACAUGGACACCUACUCGCACUACUCGGGGAGGACUGCCAGGUCCAAGCACGGCAUCUAUGCGAACACCAUGCACAACUACCAACUGUAGACGACGUAGUUUGAGCAUAUUCUAAUAGAUGGCGCUGGUUUACGUGCCUACUGAUAGCGCUGAAUUACUAUCCUGUUUGAAGUGUUCAUUAAUAGAUGGCGCUGUUGUACUAUCGCCUGUUCUAAGUCCUCAAUGAUAGAUGGCGCUGUAUGUCACAACGGUUAUUUAAAAAGUUUUAUCUACCAAAAUAUUCGAAUUUUCUAGGACACUAUUAUUCCUUAAUUAUUAUUAAUUUGUUCUAUAGGACAUUGAUUCUUUAUAUAGGACAUCUCUAUUAUUUUUAUUAAUAAAUAACUUAGCUAAGUUUCUUGUAGUUGCGACUUAUUCUUACCUGGUUUUAUUAUACGAAUAAAGAUAAUAUUUAAAUUGUAAGUAAUUAAAAAGGAUCUUUACUAUGUAUAAAAUUAAUUAUUAUUGUAAAUAGAUUUGAUAUUUUCUUAGUUUAAUGAUAUUAUAAAGUAAUAGCGUAAGACAUUAGAAUAGAAAAAGAAAAACCAAUUAUUGUACAACGAUGUAAUUUGUGCCUUGAAUAAGAAUUUAUAAUUUUUAUAUAAAGUUUACGAAAAUAGUAAGUACCAAUAAAGUUUUUACGUAACA